AUGGGGGUUGAAGGAGUCCCCCAGGCUGUGUACGGCGGGGCGGGGGUGUGCACCCAAAAAAAGUGGCGGGAGAACUCGUACGAAAAAAAAGGAACAAUCAGAGAAUCCGACUUGAAAAUUUCUCGAGAUGCGACGGCAGCGUUCAUUUAUUCCGGUGUUCAAUCAACGGGCUGUCUCGUUCGAGUAGGUGCGCUGCUUUUGCGCGAUCAUCGACGACGGCAUCCGGUGCGUACCGACGAGUUCCGUCAAGUCGCGAGAUCGGCGACAUGCCACGUUAUCGUGAGGUUUUCGGCAAUACAACGGUCAUCCGCUGGGGAACUCCGAAGCCCCGAAGAUAAAUCGAGGUCUACGCAUCCACGUGUCAACGACGUCAACGACGAUGCGCGACAGGAGUCAAAACAAAAGGGUUUUAAGAAUCAGGACUAUUCGUCUGCAUCGGGUCUUUUGACCGACAAUUAUUUACCUCUAAUAAUCGUGUUCGACGGUAAAUGCGAAGUUCACAUAUAUAAAUUACACGAGGAGCAAUUGAUUCUACUGUUCGAGUGUGUACUGCGUAAAAUACGCGCGUGGUCGAUUACUCAGGAUCAAUCGUUCACGAUACUUCUCGGUGACGUUCAACACAUAUUGAGUACCAAGGAUACCCGCGAGUUGUCGAUGAAAUUUCCGCAAAUAAAAAAAAGAACAAGAAUAUACUUAUACGAGAUCAUGGCCGCGUCGCAUAUGCGACUGAUGAAGCAUCUUCGAGAGCAUGUCGAAAUCUCACACACAUGGACUUCAGGUCCGAGCGACGAGAAGUUCUUGCAGGAUUUAAUUUCGCAGUUAAAUGGCGUGGCACGUGCACGAAAGAUCCAUUACUACGAUCGCGGACAGCGAUAUUCACGACGAUUGUCAAUCGUCGGCACGAUAAGGGAAAUUAAGAAGUCUGUUCAGUUGAGAAAACGCAUUUUUUUCGAAUAUAUCGCUAGUCAUUGGCACAUUAACUGUAUAUUGAGAAAAAAAUAUUUAAAAGUUUAUUUGCCGGAUAAAAAUUGAUUUUACAGAAAUAAACUUUACUUACAGAAAAAAGAAUUUUAUGUCUGACAAAUAAAUUUUCAAGUAUUUUUUCCCGGUAUAUGUAAAUCCCGUGAUCUUGUCUAUGCUAGUAGUAGUAGUACCGACUUCUCGCGUUGCAUGACAGAUGUUAAACUUAGCUUCUCGCCGACUAUAUAAUGUAACAAGACAGAAAUAUUGCAACCGGAAAUUUGUUCUUGUACGAUCAAUCCGCUCCUUAUCUCGCUUUGGUUCCGGUCAAAUUCGUCUGAAUUUUCUACUGGAUUUCGACUCUCGAAACCGCACUAUCGGUUUGAAGACAAAUCGGUGGCUCUGCGUGUGUGCUAUUUUAAAUUUCAAGUGCGUCGUAGGAUGUAUCUCUAGGACCUAAAGUGCAUCCGCGAUCACGAUUGCCAGACAUCGAAUUACAGGGAUGUAUAUACUUACGCGCAGAGAUCGGGAAUGCAAUUCCAAUAUCGAACGCGCGAGUCGACUUACAAAUAACAAAAAAAAUUACUGAUCUCAUAUGCCAUCGUGUAAUUAAAUAUGUAAUGGAUGAUAAUUUAUA